ACGCACCUCGCAACCAGCAAAGCACCCAACACCUCACCGCUCGUUGGCCAUUGCCUAUCUUUUGCGACCAGAUUGACAAGUCUGAUAAAGUCCUUGGCCUACACGAGUUCUACGUAACGGAUUGCUUUUUGGGGUUUCCUUCCUUUUUUCCUUCUUCUUUUCUUUCUGUCGCUACGCUAGCCCCCGUCUAGAUUUCUAGACCGCUGCAGCUGAACUUUGUUUCACGACUUGACUAUUGACAACCACCUCAUCCGACCCAAAUUCUAAACACUCGAGAGGGGGACGCCAACAAAAAGAGAGAGAAAGAGUGUGAGAAGAAGACAAGAUGGUCGAGUUCAACAAGGACAAGAUCCCUACCUACAAGCUGAUCGUGCACAUCGCACAGAUCGUGCUGUCAGUGACAAUUUGGUGUCUGGAGAUUGUUGUGUUCAAGGGGGGUGAUGUCAACGGGCAGAUGGGAUGGACCUUUGGAGUGUGCUUCCUCUCUGUCCCAGCAUGGAUCUACCUAAUAAUGGCACCGCGCUAUCCACGCGCAUCCAACAUCGCCCAGCCCAACGCCCUGCUGACCGUCGACGCCCUAAUGACCAUAAUAUGGCUGUCCGCUUUUGCGACACAGGCUGCCUAUAACACUGCCGAUGACUGUGGCUCCGCUUGCGGCGUGAGCAAGGCGAUCGUGGGAUUGGGAGUCUUUGAGACAUUGUUCUGGGGGCUCUCCACCUUCAUUUCCUUUGCAACCCUGCAGUACUAUAACACCAAUGGCGUGCUGCCAGGCUACGACAGCCUCCACCGCGGCCGUACGCACACCAUGAACGACAUCGACCCGGACAAGGCCGCCUUCAGCACCGCCCCGGUCGACGAGGAGGCAUAUGCACCCCUCGGCGGUGGCCUGCACGACCACGACGACUCCAUGGAGCCAGAAUUCAACGCUGGCCCGUACGGCGGCGGUUCCUCCAUGCACAAUGAUCCGGAUUCGUUUGGCACCUCCCACCACCAGGACACCUCGUACGGUGGUGCGGGCAUGGGCGCGAGAUAUGACGAGCCUGUUGGCGCCUACGAGAGUCACGGUGCCAACACUGCAUACGAGAGCCACGGGAGCGUGGGACCUGGCGGCGCUGCGCUGUACUCGCCUCCGCAGGUGCAUGACGAGGAUUACGAUUCGCCAGCUCAAUUCCCGGCUGGCAACUACGACAACAUCGGUUUCAGACAGGUGUAAAAGAGCGAGAGAGAGUCUGUGUGAGAGAGAGAGGGAUGUAAUGAAUUACGGGACGAAUGUUUCGCAUCUAGACGACGAGGGGAGGCCAACUUGGGUUUUGCGAGUUGCAUCGCAUCGCAUCGCAUACCAGACGUUAUCAUCAGCAUCAUCAUCACACGAGAAAGGGGAGACGACGGGAUAAGAUAUGAAAUGUUCCAGGGGGGUGUGUGCGGGUGAGGACACUAUUCAUGAACGGCGCUGGGAAAAUACGGGAUUGCGUCUUUUGUUUAGAGCACUAGGAAGGUAAAACCUCCCUGGAACACGGCUUGGGUGUUCGGGGCGUUUUGAUUACCUUGUGUGUGUGUACCUUGCCUUGUCAGUUUGGGUUAUGUCAUGUCGAUACACCUUUGGAGAUACCAAUCAAUCAAUCAUGCAAGAAUUCGCAGCAC